AUGGUUCCUUCAAGCACAGGCUGGAAGGGCAAUCAAGUCUCUACACUAUUUCAAACCUUCCCUUUUCCAAGUGGCCCUUCCCGCCAAAGGAGUCUCAAAAAGGCGACCUGUUGUAGUAGCCUCCAAGCUGCGGUCACAGCCGCUGCCCCACGUCUCCUGGGGAGUUCGGUCGCCGCCUCGACUCCUCGGGCCAUCCUUCUUCCCCGCGUCUACGAGCACCCCCCGGGUUCUGCCGAAAGCGCUCGCCCAAUCUCCCCUUCACUCUCUUUUCAAGUUCAGCUCAGGUACAGUGUGACAGUUACAGCGCCCGGGAGCUGGCAGGCGCCGCCGCUGCCGCGGCAGCAGCAUCUGCUUCCGCGCGGAACGCGCCUCUCCCGCGGUACAUACCUGGCAAAGUGCGCGCCGGGGCUGAGUUGCAUAGAGACUUUCUCCUCGUCGUGCACCCGGAAAGGGCUCCCGAGAAAGCAGCUCGCGAGCAGCCUAACCCGACGCGCCGAUGGGAGCAUAAAUAAAGCUCAAGCGAGCUCUUCUUCCCCUUCCCCCAUCCCUCCGUGCCUCCCUCCUCCUUUUCACCUUCCAAAAGCCAGGCGCAGGCGAGCCGAGCAGCAGCAACAAGUUCAAAAGGUUAUGAAAGGCGUCUCCUGCCUUUCCCUCGGCUUGACCUUUCUCCGCCCCCGCCCCCUCGGGCUCCUCUCGCUCCACCCCAGCCACCCACCAGCCCCGGCGCAAAAAUGUCACCGAGGGAGAGCGUCCAGGUGGAUCUGCUGGGGAGGAGAGCGGAGCCUCGUUGAACAAAGGAAAGCUUCACGCGCUCGGCUGCGGUGGUUUGGUGGAGGAGAGGAGCAAGGGGACCGACGCCUUGCUUCUGCCUGCCUGGGUCCCGGUUCAAGGCGAGCGAGCGUGGGAAAAAAAAAGAGAGAGAGAAGCUGGGAAGGAGAGUGAGCAGAGCGGAACGCGCAGGAAUUGGCUGUCUUCUGAGGGCUACUGGGUAGCAAGACCUGCAAAGCCCCGCGGCGGAAUUUUUAAGUGCUUUUCCCCUCUUUCUCUUUAUUUGUUCACACCAGACGUUAACGUUGCAGGAGUUAAUAUGUCAUCUGUCCAACUUGCUGAAAAGUCAGACAGUCACCUCGGUCCAGGUCUCGCCACAACUCCUUUUCCCGUCCUUUGCAAAUGACAGGAAGGAUUUAGAACCCUUUUCUAAAUGUCAGCGUCAAAGGACAUGCGUCUCCGCGAGUUUGCGUCCCCUUCAUUCUCUCUGCGCCUCUCUGAGUACAGAUCUGAAAUGGUUAAAGUAGUUAAAGCUGUCCCUGUGAGGGGUAGGUGAUGUGAGAGACUAGGAAAUUGUCGCGGCCAAGCGUUGUGUUUUUCGUGUACCCCGCCCCCCAGUCAUUUAGGCAUCUUCCUUAAAACCAAACAUAUAACAUUUACAACCACUAGGUGGCGGGAAUGGCGAGAAGUUAAACCCACACCUCAGGUUUGGACGCUUUAGAAAGGUGAAGAAUCAAAAUGAACUGACCCAACAGCGCAUCAGAUCACGUUGAUAUCCUCAAAUCCACCCACCACCCACCUUUUUAAUAUUUCUAGGAGAUACACUACUCACGUCUGCCCUGAAUUUUGAUGGAUAUGGGAUGGAAUGUGGAGAGUUUCAGUUGAAAUGCCUUUCAAAAUUAAAGCUAGAUUAACUGAGUAAUAACAAUAAUAAAAGUGUUUGGAAACAGUGAAGCUUCAUACAUGUUGAUAAGGAGAGACGCCCACUUUCUGCCUGAAAAUUACCUUUUCGAGAUUUGGUUUGACUGUUCUUGAUUUGCAAAAUAAGUAAUUGGACUGUGAUGUAUAGUCUUAAAUUGAAUCAACUUUCAAGCCCCGGAGAUCUUAGGCAUGAUGUCUCAAUCUUGAAAUUUUGAAAUAGAAUACCUCAAAGAAAAGUUGUGAACUAAACAACAGAGUCUAUAGAAAAUCACCAGAGAAGAAGAAAA